AUGGAAGCCACUGGAGGAGGUGACUCCUCGGGCAAGCACUUCCGCCUCUUCGACCUGCCCCAAGAACUUCAAGAUACCAUUUUCGAGUACGCCUACGAGAAACCAGAACAUGCCGGUCUCGUCAUUCGCGGCUCUCGGGCACACAAGCUGGUGACCAAGAAGCUUCAGUUGUCCCGAGAGGAGGCCAAGGCCAAAAUAGCUCAUUACAAGGUCGCCGAGUGGCUCGUUUGCAAGAAGUGGUUCGUAGCCGCGGCGAAGGCCUAUGUGCAUGACAGUCCCAUCAGUCUUCACGUCGCUCGAGACUCUGCCGAGAUUGGCACCAGUAGCACUCUCAACGCCUUCGCCAAGCAUCUGAUAACGGAUGGGCUCGACCUUUGUACGCUGAGUGGACCCUUCUCUCGCCCACGCCAGAUCCUCACACUGCGACUACAAGUGGGCCCGGAACAUUUUGACCUCAGUGAUGUGAUGGACGAGGGUCUCGACGACAUCGACCUGGAUUACAUGUCCGGCAUGAAGCUCGUGCUGAGCAACGAGCAGCUCACGCAACUCAGUGUCUAUACCGAGACUGCGAAGCUCCGAGGUGUACGCCAAUUCUUCGUCACCAUGGCAGACGAGCAGUACCUGAACGACCACUUCGAUCCAUAUCCUCAAAGGUUGAACAACUUCCGCGCCAACGUACAGCGCCUCGAAGAGCUCCUCAAGCCCAUCGUUACCUCGCCAGCAUCCCCAGAAAAGCCACGAGAGCGAACACUCUACGACGACGUCACCGGCGGCGAAGAUUCCGUCGCUCGUCUCUAUCCCCAAUCGAAGGUAUGCGCGAACGUGUCCACCCUGGCGGAUCAAGCUAUGGAUGAGUUCAUCCUGAACGCAAUGAAGUCACACACACCUCGCGCCCUUGACUUGGCCAAAUUCGAUCUUGACAGUCUGCCGGCUAAGCAUACCCGUACAAAGGGGACUACGGAGGAUGCUACCGUCCAGAAGUGGAGCACGCCGGCGGACCAAGAGAGAGCGGAGCAUAUGGUUGAGGAGGCGAGGGAGGAGGUGAACAACCUGUGGCUCGAGUACACGAAAGAACUUCAGCAACAGCAUGACAAGCAGUGGAUGCUGAUGGUGUGGAUACUGCUCGCUGUGAUUGGGGCACACCUGGCGUGGGUCAGUUGCGAGGGUGUUGCUGAGUAG